CGCAGGAGAAAGCUCGAAUGGUCUCUUCACGAUGAACAGGUUCUCGUCAUCCUCGAGAUAGAUCUCCCCUCUCCUCUGUCUUCUCCCACAAAGAAUUCCACCUCUAGAACAGACAUUAAUACAUGGCCUUCUUGGCAGAAGAAAAAGCAAAACUUACAGAUCCCCACAUCGCUCGACAGCCUCCAGCGCGACCACGACCGUUAGGAACAAAACCACGAUGCCCACGACCAUCAAAUCAGCGUAGUCCCUCCGCGCGCCCAUUCUCGUCCGACGCAUGUAGUAGAAGCGCUCUGAGCCCACCAUCUCGGCACCGGGUCCCAUCUCGCACGAAUCCAUCUGCGCAUUCUUGGGAGAAGUGCUUGUGCUCGAGGGACGCAGCGUCUCCCAGUAUUUCCUCAGGUCCGCGGCUCGUAGUUCGGGUAGUGCGGAGGAGGGCUUCGCGGGGAGGUUUUCGGCGGUGCUUUCUGGUUGUUUCUGGAAGGGGGCUUUUUGGAUGGAAGGGGCGGAGGCGGGGUUCGUUAGGGAGAGGAGGUAGUUGCUUGAUAGUGGUUGUGAGGAGGAGAGGGAUUGUGUUGAGGCAUCUUGUGAUGAUGGGGUUGUCGAUAUUGGCUUUUGGGGGAGAGGAUCAUCGAGUUGGUGGUCUGGGAAAUGCGGUUCGGUGAGAUGGGUUGGUGGGGGUUGAUGGGUCGAGUGAGGAGAGGUGAGGAGCGAAAUGAUGCAGGAUUUGGAGAGGCAGUCGGUGG